AUGUCGAAAUAUAUUAUCUUCUCCUUUUUUGUCUCCGUAGCAGCUCAACUCUUCUAUCGUCAAGCUGCUGUAUAUCCGCCUCGGAAUUUGAAUACAGGGCGCCAGCAACCGAUGACAAACCUCGUGUAUCCAGUGUAUCCAUGGGCAGUGGGGGGCUAUGGUGCAGUAGUCCAACCUAAUCCUGCCGUACUUCCGAACCCGGCGAUCGGCUCUCCAAACUGCCCCAAGAGCCCAUUCGCCAUGUUUUUGAGCCAACAGGAACAGGAAGGACUGCAUGAACUAAUUGUUGAGGCUCGAAAAACAGGAGCCGGCGAAGCUGAGGUAAAACAGUACAUCGACCGAUACGUCCAGGCAGUUUUGUCCCCAGAGAAAUACCAAAAUUUCCAACAAGCCUCCCAGCAAUUCAACGCUCGACUACCAGGCCCCUAU